AGUAUAUCAGAAAGAACCUCCAAGCAAUGAGCAACUUCAUCAUUGGAAUCGCAGUAAUUUGCUGUCUGUGGCGUCGCGUGCAAGGAUUUCAAAUGCUCCUGGAAGAGGAUUGCGGGAUUCCGCAUAACAUUUCUGAACGAAGUGUAAAUGCAAAGUUGGCGCAGAAUCCAUGGAUGGCCUAUUUGGAAACUCCAAAAGGAUUCCAUUGCUCUGGCACUCUAAUUAAUCACUUGUUCGUCUUAACGGCAGCUCACUGUGUUCCGGACGACUUGCUAAUAACCGUUCGCCUGGGAGAGUACAACACGAAGACUAAGGUGGACUGUGACAACCACCUGUGCCAGGAACCCUUCCAGGAGUACAAUGUGGAUAUGGGCUUCAGGCAUAGGUAUUAUAAUGCGAAUGACCAAACCAACGACAUCGGCAUGCUGCGACUCGGAAGGAGGGUGGAGUACUUAAAUCACAUACGUCCGAUUUGCAUUUUCGCAAGCAACCGUUUCCAGGAGCCGAUAGACCAGCUCACCUGGUUUACGACCACCGUUUGGCGUGAAACUGCCGCUAACGCAACGAGCAAAGUUCUUCGGACCAUGAACAUCGACCGCCAACCCAAAGAGACGUGCUCCGAAAUCUAUGGCUGGAAUAUGACGUUCGAACAGAUCUGCGCCGGCAACACCUUGAGUCAACUCUGCAGCACCGACUCCGGGGCUCCGCAGAUCCGCAAAAUGUGGCACAAUGGCUCAGACCGCUAUGUGCAACUGGGCAUCGCCAGCAGGGUGAAGGGCCAGUGCCAGAACUCUGGCAUUCUCAUGGAUCUAUUGAGCUACGCUGACUGGAUAAAACGGGUGGUACGGCAAUACGGACCCUCGACGGAUAUGAACCGUUCAUUAAAGAAAUGGGUCGAUAAAAUUCCAGUAUUUUACUACCCGAAAUAAUAUAAUAUCAAUAGUAAGCUUUCAUUGCUAGUCCUUGUUUAAUAUAAUAAAUUAAAAAGUUUAAUGUUGAACAAUAAAGACUAUGUCGCAUUUAAC